AUGGAACAGCACGAAAAGAUUGUCAACAGCGUGGCUGCUGCAGUCCAAGGCUUCUCAGAACGUGGGGAACCGUACCGCAUCUUUCACGGCUCUAGUAACUCUACUCGUCCGCGCGUCUCGACCAACACCAUCGAUAUAAGCGCCCUAUCCAAUGUAGUCUUGAUCGAUGAGAAGAAGCACACAACGCUUGUUGAACCCAACUUGUCAUGGUCGGUUGCGGCACUGGCUACACAGCCUAGCGGAGAAAUAGAUGUCAUCGUCUCAACGGUAUGCCCUGGAGCCUGCAAAUCAGAACUUGCACGAGACUUUGCGGUUGGAUUUGCUGCUUCCGCUGGAGUCCGCUUAUAUGGUGCGAUUUUCAGCAAGUCUCCAGAAGAGGGUGCGAGGGUAUACGUCUCGGCGGCCGCGUUGGGUCCGGAAUGCCAUGGGGGCUGGUACAAGAUCACAGCCUUGACAACGCCAGGAGAGCUUGUAACUAGUAGCGAGGGGGUCGAGAUACAGGAUAAUGUAUGGAGUGAGAUAAUAGAGGAACUCCGCGCCAAGGUGCCAGAAGUAUCAAGAUGUCUAUAA